AUGUCAGAGGCAGCUGAUGAUACGAUAAUUAAAAUUGAACCACAAGAAUAUCCAAUCGAAGGCAUCAAAGAGGAAAUUGAAAAAGACCCUGAAUCCUGUUCAGAGGAUGAAGAAACAUGCCAGAAGAGGUUUACAGAUUCCAUAGUAAAAAUAGAAGAUGCGCAACAGGAAUUAUUUCAGACGCCUCCUUAUAAAUGUGACAAGUGUGAUAGGACAUUUACAGGGAUGUACAAUUUAAAACAGCAUAUGUUAGUGCAUGAACAUGAAUGUACAUUUUGUUCAAAGACUUUUCCAGAAGCAAGUGCAUUAGAAGUGCAUCUCAAAUCUCAUACAGAUGAAAAAAAUUUCAAAUGUACAAAGUGUGAUAAUGCAUUUACUACAAAAUAUCAUUUAGAUCAACACAUAUGUGCUCAUGCCACAGAACAAACUUCACACUUGAAUGAAUCUGGUAAUCAAAAACAAAAUAUUCAUGCUGAUACUGCAAAGAGACCUUAUAAAUGUCAACUAUGUGAUAAAGCAUUCAUAAGAUCGAGUCAUUUGAAUCGUCAUAUGCUCAUUCACACUGGGGAACGCCCUAAUAAAUGUGAAAUAUGUGAUAAGACAUUCAAACGAUUGGAUGAUUUGAGUAGACAUAUGCUCAGUCACACUGGUGAACGAGCUCAUAUUUGUAGAAUAUGUGAUAAGAAGUUCAUACAUUUGUGUAAUUUGAAUCAACAUAUGCUCAUUCAUACAGGGGAACGCUCUAAUAAAUGUACAUUCUCACAAUCAAGUGGCUUGAAUCAACACAUGCUAACUCACACUGGGGAACGUCCUCAUGAAUGUGAAAUAUGUGAUAAGACAUUCAUUCGUUUGAGUAAUUUGAAUCGACAUAUGCUCAUUCACACUGGGGAACGUCUUAAUAAAUGUACAAUAUGUGAUAAGGCAUUUGCACAAUUGAGUGGCUUGAAUAGACAUAUGCUCAUUCACACUGAGGAACGUCCUAACAAAUGUACAAUAUGUGAUAAGACAUUCAAACGAUUGGAUGAUUUGAGUAGACAUAUGCUCACUCACACUGGUGAACGAGAUCAUAUUUGUAAAAUAUGUAGUAAGAAGUUCAUACAUUUGUGUCAUUUGAAUCAACAUAUGCUCAUUCACACUGGGGAACGCCCAAAUAAAUGUACAAUAUGUGAUAAGGCAUUUGCACAAUCGAGUGUCUUGAAAAGACAUAUGCUCAUUCACACUGGGGAACGCCCAAAUAAAUGUACAAUAUGUGAUAAGGCAUUUGCACAAUCGAGUGUCUUGAAAAGACAUAUGCUCAUUCACAGUAGGCAAAAUAUGUGAUAAGAAAUUCACAGAUCCAAGUGUCUUGAAUAAUCAUAUGCAAAUUCCAAUUGGUGUCCGUCCACACAAAUGUAAGAUAUGC